AUGGCUGGUGCCCACACGACAUGUUUCCGCUUCGAUGGGUCCGCGGACAAGAGCCUCCAUUCAAGCAUAAUCUACCAUGAUCGAGGAGGCAAGCCCAAAGCUUCUUCACCUUGGCCGUGCCAACGCUCACCUCACAGAGCCCAUCGUUCCCAUCUUGCUGAGAUCUGCAAUCGACCUCGCCUGCAUGGAGCCGUUCGAGGAAGAGACCGUCUUCUCGACCUCGUACACCCUUCUUCUGAGGUGAGCAGGGCCAGUGGCUUCCCAUGGCAGAGUGCACCGCGCCGCGAGUGA